AUGGACCGGCAAGAUGGAUCAGGCUCAGCUACGCAGCAGCAGCCUGAUAUUGAUGCCCUGAUUAUAGAAGCGAGACAGCUCGCAACUGACUUAACUACCCCUGGUCUCGCUAGUCAAGUGGCCACUAUUCAAGAGCGUCUACUAAAACUACAAAAGUCGAGUGCAGGAUGGAUGAUAGCAGAUGGCUUUCUAGGAUGCGAAGACCCGAACAUCAGGUUCUAUGGACCGCUUACGCUGACAAUGAAAAUUAACCAGGAAUGGGAAAUCCUCAAUGUAGAGCAGCGGCUGAGUCUCCUUGCCCAGUUGAUGAACUGCUUCGUAGUGCUUGUCGACUCUGCGGAGAAGCCGUUGGUCAUGAGAAAAUUCUUCUCUACGCUAACCACAUUCUUUUACAAGCCUGGGUCGCCGUGGACAUAUAGCGUGCGUCAUGUCACUGUGACUUUGGCUAAUGGGAAAUAUCUUCCUGAAGAUAGGUCGGAGGAACCUACUCUCGCACUACAUGCGCUAUCAGCCCUCAGCCAUGAACGUCUGACCGCGCUGCUGUCAUUUUGCACGGCAUUGGCUGAGGAGUCUACGCGGUAUCUUACAGAAGGUACCGAAUCUGGUAAUCGACUGCAAGUCAAUACUGAUGACGCGUUCCACUUAAUCGACUAUGGCUUUGAGCGUGCUGUAAACAAUGCAAGCGGUGCCACAAACCAAAGCAUAUCAGAUCACUCUCUCGCUGUAGCCAAGCAGUCCAUCCAAACACUACAUGCAUGGCUGCAAGCAUUCCAUAAUGGAAAAAUUAACCCUCCAGGUCUUGCUGAGAAAGUGAGAAAACCUUUAGGCUUUGCUGCACGCUUCUUUAGCGUUGAGACCUUAGCUUUGCCUGUGAUGGAGCUAUUUGCCGAAACCAUUGCCAAACAAUACAAGCUGGUCGGUACGGAUCAUAUCGAUGCCAUUCUAGACUUUAUAGUCGGCCCUGGAGAGAAGUAUGCAAUUGCCUUGGUGAAUGGUGAGUAUGACGAUGGAUCUCUGAAGUUCCUGGAUCUCCUUUUACGAUUCUCAGCGCUCGACCAGUCAAAUAUCAUUGUCAGAGGUCCAUCCGAUGAAAAACGAGAGAAGGUUCUCUUCCUACUGUACAAACUAUUUCACGCACCUGGCUACGCCCAGGUGGAUGACUGUGCCGUUAUUUUGCUUUUAGAAUUCUGGACUGAAGUUGCAAGCGAUAUAGACGAGCUGGUUCUUGAUGGCGCACUAGCGGUCUCUGAGGAAAUUAAACAAAAGCUUGCGAGAGUUAUUACUGAGGGUUAUGAUAAACUACGUUUCCCAAGUCAUGAAAUCUCUGAAACCUGGGACGACGAUGAGCUAAGGCUGUUCGUCUACUUCCGCCGUGAAUUUACCGAUUAUCUCCUGGAGGUAUAUCCGCUGUUGGGAGUUGACGUUAUCCGCCACAUCCUAGAACAAGCUUCAACCUCGAUUGCAAAGAACGACUGGGAAGGGUUUGAAGUUGCGAUCUAUUGUUUAGGAUCUCUCGCGGAAUCAGUUGCUGAAAACGAACAUACCGACCAUCUUCUUGAUGACCUGUUUUGCUCGGAAGUAUUUCAGUCAGUAUGUUUCGGUCAAAAGGAAAUUCCCCUGAAAGUACGGCAAACCAUGGCAGACAUGAUCGACCACUAUACUCCAUAUUUUGCUAGGAAUGGGAAGCUUCUUGCUCCAGUAUUGAACUUCCUGUUUAGUUCCCUUGAUUUCCCUUCUUGCGACCCAGUGGCCUCACGAUCUAUUUCCUCCCUUUGUCAGUCAUGUCGAAAGUUCCUUCCUAUGCAUUCUCAGGGGUUUAUCGACAAAUUCCACCAGCUCUGCACGAAAACUUCGCUCGGUGACUCAACCCUUGACCGUGUUGCGGAGGGUAUUGCGGCGGUCAUCCAAGCAACGGAACUUGAUAGCGAGAGAGCUGUUGCUUUAUUAAAAUUACUCAAUCCUUUACUCCAGGAGGCACAGGCAGCCUGCCAACAAGCAAGCAGUGGGCAAUAUGAAGAGGGUCUAGCACGAAGUUUAAUAGUAAUGCGUUGCACCGCAAGUAUUGGACGGGGUAUUCGCGCCCCAGAGGAUGAUGUGAUUGACCUCGAUACCCAAGACUCCCAGCCUACUUCCGACUCCUUUUGGGUUAACGAUCCCCUUGGAGUAUCCGUUACGGAAACAGUCAUUCGCAUACUGGAUACAUUAGUGGGCCAGUUCCCCAACGAGAGCUAUAUGAUUGAGGCAACAUGUGAUGUCCUCAAAGCUGGUUACACCGAGAAGCUUCCAGGGCCCUAUGUUCUCCCAUCUCAAGUGACAGUUCGCUUUGUAAAGGCCACAAACAUCUCAUCUCCUCGCUUUUCAAAUGUGAUGGCUACUGCAACCGCAUUUUUAGCCUCCCGCUCUUCAACACCCCUUGUUAUUGAACAGGAAGUUACUGAAUUGACCCUGCACACAGCUGCUUUGAUACAAACCUUGACAAUGUCAUCCAACAGCUAUGAUCCUGAAGCGGCCCACAGCUGUAUAGACUUCCUUACUCGCCUAAUCCCAAGAUACUAUGUGCAGUUCUUUAACCUGCAGUACGUGGAUAGCGCCCCGCCCCCUCUUCCUGCAAUCCUUAGUUUCACUCUAGAUGUUCUCAAGAGGCCCGAUCCCCUACCUCUUCGCGCAUCUUGCUCAUUCUGGGCGGCCAUACUAUCUCUAACAGACCUACCUUCCGGGCUAAUCUCAACCGGAGCUUCUAUGGGCCGUCCCCAACCUAACGAAGCUCCAGGGUUUCUCGACCCAUAUUUGAGCGUCCUUGGUGAAUCCGUUAUACACCAAAUUGCAGGAAACUGUGCUCGUUCAGACCUCGAACAUUUCUGUGAAGUCAUUAAAAAAUUUGUUUUCAAACAUCAGGGUGCUGCUCGACUUUAUUUCGGCAAUGGGCUGGCAUCACUGAAUAUUGCUCCCAAGGCUCCCACCUCUGACACUGGAGCGGCGGAGUCAUUACCGGCACCAUCUGUUACACAGCUGGACCUUCAAAAGUUCCUUUCUACAAUUAUUUCUCUCCGAGGGGCAAGACAGACAAAUGCAAUUGUCAAAAAUUUCUGGGUAUCUAACCGGGGUAAAGGGUUUGCAUACGCAUAG